UUUGCCCUCGGAAAAUUGCAGAUAUGUUGAUGUAGGUAAGAUAUCUGGCAAUUCCAUAGUAUUGUUUAGGUAUUCUUCUUCUUCUUUUUUUUGACCAGCAUUGUUUUAGGUAAUCAAUGGAAGUUUAUGUGAGAGGAUGAUGAGAAAUAGUGCUGCAAGCUGUAUUUGUUUCUUCUGCUGCGAAAAUUUUGUCCCAAAAGAACAAAAAACUCCAUCAUAUAAAAAAUAAUUUUAAUUGACAAUAAUGUGAGUGUAUAAUGUAUGCAAAUAUAAUCUGACAUUCAGGGAACAAAGGGCCAGUUAUAUGGGGCUCACUUUCUGAUGAGUGAAUGAGAGAUUUUAAUUCAUGGGCCCCAUUGUUAUCCGUUUAUCUAUCUCUCUCACGUGCCCAAAAAUCAAACUUUCAACAGACUGUCAACUUCUUCCGCCCACCCCCCUCCCAACAAAAACAACAAAAAAGGAUUAUUGACUUCUGAUCAAUGGAUUCAGUUAAAAGGCUCUUUAAAUAUAAAUCACUAGUAAACUCCAGUUACCAUCAAUGCCUUAUAAGACGUUGAAAAUUUCCAUAAAUUCAUUGGAUUUUUAACUUCUAAGAAACGAAAGCCCUCAUUUUUAUCGGGGUUUGACUUACAGGUAAUACUGUUCCAUAACCAGAUACCAGUUUGACAGAGAACGUUGAGUGGGCUGGCAGGCACACGCAGUCCAUAAAACACGAACAAACAUAACCAUGUCUUCUUAUUGCUAGUUAAAUUCACUCUUCAAUAAGCAUGGCUGCAAGAGUUUUGAUGAUUAUGUUGCUGAGUUUGACAGCAGCAUUUGCAGAACCAUUAAGCAGAAGAAGGGCAAUGCAAGUGAUACAGGAAGUGAAGCAGAAAGGGCCAUAUUUUGGUAUCAUCGCUGCCUACCCACCUGAGGAGAUUGCAUUUUUUGCUUCCAAGGCAUUUGAACCCGAUCCAAAUCACCCUUUUGUGGAACUCUCAGGGAGGCUAUACAGGGUCGGGAAGGUCUUUGAUAAGAAAGUCAUCUUUGUGAGGUGUGGAGUAGGAAUGCUGAACGCAGCAGCAGUGGCACAACAAAUGAUUGAUGUGUUAGACGUAGUUGGGAUACUGCAUUUUGGAAUUGCUGGAAGUGCGAAUGACUCCAUUUCCUUUGGGGAUGUCACCAUUCCCAAACAGUUUGUUCAUACUGGCCUAUGGGACUGGCUGAAGCCGAAUGGGACACUUGAAAGUAGUGACUUUGCUCACUUGGAUUUUGGUAACUUCGAUGUUCCAAAAGGCAACAAUUUGUUGGGACGUGUUGGCUACAGUUCUGAAGAAUUCUUUUCUGUCACUGGAAAACCCAACUUAGCACAGCGUUUGAUCUGGGCUAAAGUUACUUCUCAAUGGCUUCAACUUGCUGCUACUUUGGAGGGAAUACAGCUAGAACGUUGUAUAAACUCGAGCUUUUGUCUUCCGCAUAGUACCAAGUUAGUGGUUGGUGUGAAUGGCACAUCAGCCGACAUAUAUGUCGACAAUGAAGCUUACAGAGAUUUCCUGUUCCAAACAUUUCAAGUUUCUUCUGUUGAUAUGGAGAGUUUCGCCAUAGUCAUGACAAGCUUGUCGAAUGGGAUUCCAGUGGUAGUGAUAAGAGGAAUAUCAGAUAUGGCGGGAAAGAGCGGAGAAGAAGCCAUUGACACAUUUGGAGCUCUUGCUGCUACCAAUGCAGUCACAGUUUUGCUUCGCCUUCUCAACAUUUUGCCUUCCUCACUUCAUCAUUACAUUUCAUUUUUUUAACUUCUUCCAACAACAGUCUACUUCUUUCAUCACUUUGAUCUUACUGUUGUUCUUUCUUUUUUAUCCGCAAAUAUAAAUGCAGGAUGAUAAAUAAAUU